AUGGAGAAUGAUCAAGAUCAACAACAACAACAACAACAAAGCCAACAACAACAACCACAACAAGAGGAACAAGAACAAGUCGAUGUUGAUUUAAGUUCACUCCAAGGUCAAGAAAGAAUUGAAUAUAUCAAUACAUUAAUUGCCGAUAGUUAUAAUAUUGCAAUUGCAAAAAAACUUGAAGAAUUUUUAGAUAUUCAAAUCAACGAAAAUACAUAUUUAUUCCAAGCAAAUUCAACACUCCUUAAAUUAUAUCAAUUUAACCCAACCCACUUAAACAAAGAUUCAAUCGCCAAGAUGUUAGCAAAGGCAUUAAUGAAUUUCCCAUGCAACGACUUUUUAUUCCUCUCCUAUAUGAUUCCAUCGAUCAUUCAAAAGGAGGAACCAUUGUUAAAACUCUUUAUCCUCAACAACUUUUUAGAGACUUGUAAAUUUAAAGAAGCUUGGACCCAUAUCAAUAGUCAUUCAUUCUUUUCAGAGAUCCCAAGUUUCAUCGACAACAUUAGAAACUUUAUCUCUGGUGUACUCUCUAUCACUUAUCAAAAUAUUUCAAUCACCAUGUUGGGUGAACUUUUAAAUUUAUCUGAUCGUACUCAACUCGUCGAUUAUAUUCAAUCAAAACAACCAACUUGGAAAAUCUCUGAUUCAACUGUUUCUUUACAAUCUGAUAAUUCAAAACAAAAGAAAGCUGAUACUUUUACUUUUGAUCAACUCUCAAGAAUCCUUCCAACUUUUAUUAAAUAA